UAAAAGAACGGCCGCACAAAAUUUCAGCGGUUCUUUUUUCUUUUUUAAUUUCUUCGCUCCUCCUCCUUUCCCUUCUCAGCUUCUUCUCUGGUUCUUCUUUACCAAACCGCCUUACUCUUCAUCUCCCUACCACGUCGCUGCUGGUCUUCCUCUUCCUGCCGCGUCGCUCUUCCUUCCCCCACCGCUGCUGAUCUCUACCUUCUUUCAUCAACCCGCGUCGCUCUUCUUUCAGGUUUGUUCUUCGAUUUUGUUUAUUUUCGGUUAUUUUUGGCGAUUUUUCCCUUCAAUCCUUGCCUCAAUCAAUUUCUUUACUCCAAUUUCAUGGACAUUGGAGGCCGAACCUCUAAUUUUUCGUUAAUUAACCAUUUUUCUGCAAAUCAAGGGUUGUUGAACUACUUGUUUGUUGCAAUUUUCUUUCUCAAUUGCCAGAUUUACCAAAUUUUAGAACUUUAUUUUAGGGUUUUUGUUCUAGUUUUGUUGUUCGUUGAUGUGUCAAUUCGACAAUUUGUCUAUUUAAUUUCAAAAAAUUAUACCGUAUUGACCUUGUUCUUAUAAAAGUAUGGGAUUGCAUUGUUUAUUUGGGAAUAUCAAGGUUUGUCAAUAGAAUUGGCUUGUUAUAGUGAUUCCAUUGUAGUUGUUUUCCUUGUAUUAGUUAGUUUGACAGAUUGUCAGAAAUUGAACUUCAUUUAAGCUUAAUCUGUACUCAAGUACACGUUCUUGGUUAUUCUUUUUGUAAGUUUUACAGAAAAAUGAUCUAUUAUUGCAAAACUAUAUUUCUUUGAAGUUUAAUGAUAUUUCUUAGGGAAUUGGAAGUAACAAAUACUUAAUUAAUUUCUUAGGUAGCACUUGUAACUUGUAAGUGAAACUGUAUUUUGUAAGUUCUACCUACGCAGAUUGCUUUACUUAGAUGAGCAAUAGGAGCCAUGGGGCUGGAUGAAGAGUACCAGCUUGUUAUCAGAAUGAGUAAAAAGACUUCCAGCAUAACCAUUAAGGUGUUUUCGGUUUUGUUCUCUAAAGCUGUGUCUACUGUUUGUAGAUUCAGAAAAAUACAAGAGUUUCUGCUGGAAGAGAUUAGAAUGUGAUGGAGAUUGCUUUCAUAGCAUCUUGUAGAUGCCAAGAUUCAACCCUUGCUUUUGCUAUGAGUCAUUUGUUUACAGUUAGUCUGUACUCUGUAGUCAUUUUUGUAAGGGUGUGUAGUUUUGGUGUUUUUCGUUAAGUUGGCGCAGCUGUUGUUGCUUGCUCUCUCUCCGUAAUUUUUUGUUGUUGUUGUUGUUGCUUGUACUCCUGCCUUUUUUGUUUUUGCUAAUUUGGACUGCUCUCAAAGAUGUAUCACCGAUCUUAUGUUUUUUUAUCGCUAAUAUUGCUAGCCUGUUAAUAUUCUCUUAUCAUCGUAAAUACCAAGGUUUUUACAUGAUCUUUGUAGUGAAGCUAAUGCCAUAGUAGAGAUACAAUUGACUUCUCAUCCAAACACUUGAUUUCAUCAAAAGCUUGCAGAGAUGUGGAUCUGGAUGGUUCUCUUCCUUUUAGUAUGAGUUCAUAAUAGGUUUAAUGUUUUCACUUUUCUGCAUUCAUAAUUUCUCCACAAAAGAAAGACAAAAAUAUCUUGAUCACCGAGUCAAUUAGAAACGAAAACAACUUGCUUUAGAUAAAGUUUGAGUCUGUUUGUUCAAUGCCUUCACGUGAAACUAAUUGAUGUCCUCCUUUCUUUCUUAUUCAUUCGGUGGAAAGUACUAUACAAAGCAGGGUCAACAAUACAUGGUCCCCAAACUUCUAUUGCACAUAAAUUUUCCCCAGCGUUUGAUAUGCUAUUUGGAUUGAUGGAAAACUUAAGCUCCUACAGGAUCCACACCAAGUUCUUGGAAGGUAUUCAAAAAUCCAAAGGAGAUGCCCUUCACCACUGAGGAGAUAGAUUAAGUUCGAGACAAAUUGACAAACUUCAUUACUAGUUAUUGUCUUUGUUAUUUUGAACUUUUUUUUUUCUUGUAAAGAAUCUUAGGUUAUGAAUGCUCGUUUUUCAAUUGAUUAUAACAUAACCGACUUUCAGAUUUAUAUUUAUAUACUAUUUAAUUUAAUUAUCUAUAUAAUUGGAUACUUUUUUUUAGUGAUGUAUGGAGGUUAAUUAGUGGCGUGGUUGUAUUGUAUAAUAUAUGUAGCAGGGAAAUCGAUAAUAUAAAAAAUUUCUAGGCCAAGUGCGGCUCAUUUAUAGGCCAAGUGCGGCUCCUUUAUAGGCCAAGUGCGGCUCAUUUUUAUGCUUGUUCUGCCCAAUUCAAUGUCAAGUGCGGGCUUAUUUUCAAUAUUGGCAGCACCAAAUAUGUCAAGUGCGGACUCAUUUUCAAAAUUGGCAGCACCAAAUAUAUUAAGUGCGGGCUCAUAUUCUAAAAUUGGCAGCACAAAAUAUGUCAACUGCGGGCUCAUUUUCUAAAUUGGUAGCACUUGAAACAUCAAGUGCUGCCAAAGAGAAUCAUCAAGUGCGGGCAUGCCAUGUGCUGCACAUGUAAAAGCCUGCACUUAAGGCCUUAAAAUGAGCCUGCACUUGAGCUUUUUUGUACUAGUAUGGUUAUACAUUGUUUGCCCCAAAAGAAUCCUUACAUAGACCUCAAGAACAAGUUCAGUGACAUGCAUUUUAAUGAUGGUACCCCUAAUUGGUACAAAUAUGGGACUAGAGAUGGUAGGUGGAAGUAUGAUUCUGAGGUUCUUGCUACUAUCUUAGAAGUAGCGGAGAAUAGCUAUGAGGAUGGAAAGUAUUCUGCGGGUCUAUGUAUGGGCUAUGGAGGAAUAGAAAGUGAUGGUGAGGAUGGCAUGAUCCAUGAUGAGCAAGCUAGUGAUGUUGAGGAGGAUAGUGAUGAUGAUGUGGUAGAGAUUGAAAAUCCUAAUCCUGUAGUUCCUGAACCAACCAUUGAGAUAUCCAGUGGAUCUGAAGAUGAGCUUGAAGAGAACAAUGUGGUUGAUAGUGAGCCACAACAGAAUGAUGAGGCUAUGGAUGAAGACUCGGAUCCGGAAGAAGACUUGGAUGAUCCUAAUGAUCAAGACUUUACUCCAGAGCAAUACAAGGAAAGAAAUGAUCGUCGUGAUGACGUUAGUCUCUAGAGAAAUGUAAUCCUUAGUUUUAUUUUUCGUUGAAUAAUAAAGCGGCAAAGCUACUACUUAUGGUUUUUAGUUUUCUUAUAGUUGGAGAAUAAAUGUUAUGGCAUUAGUGGAUGUAAGACUUAUUCA